CCUGCCUAUGUCGUGGUGCCCCGGACAGCCCCGCAGUGUAAACAAGCUGCCAUCCGCAGCUACGGUGCCACGCUGGUGCCCUGCGAGCCCAGUGACAAGUCCAGAGCCGAGACAGCAUCUCGCGUAGUCCAGGAGACGGGAGGAGUCAUGGUGCACCCCAACCAGGAGCCGGCCGUGAUGGCGGGACAAGGCACAAUCGCCCUGGAGGUGCUGGAGCAGGCACCCGAGGUAAACGCGGUGGUGGUUCCUGUCGGAGGAGGAGGAAUGAUUGCGGGAAUAGCAGUUGCCAUCAAGGCUUUGAGGCCAGAUGUGAAAGUGUUCGCUGCAGAGCCACGCAACGCCGACGACUGUUACCAGUCCAAGAGAAGAGGGGAACUGACCCCCAACCCUCACCCGCCAGAUACCAUCGCAGAUGCAGUUAAAACCAGCAUCGGACCAAACACAUGGCCCAUCAUCAGGGAUUUGGUCGAUGACGUCCUGACAGUCUCAGAGGAAGAAAUCAAGCAAGCCACGCGGCUGGUGUGGGAAAGGAUGAAGCUGCUGAUUGAGCCAACAGCGGGUGUGGGAGUGGCGGCCGUGCUCUCGGAGCAGUUCCGAGCAGUCCCUCGGGAUGUGGAGAACGUUUGCAUCGUGCUGUGCGGGGGAAACGUGGACCUGAGCUCCCUGACCUGGCUCACAGACCUCCCUGGGAAAGUGGAGUGA